AUUAGAUCAGCCAAAUGAAUAGAGGUCUCAAAAACCUGUAAAAAGUGUCGUCUUAAGCAAUAUCACAAAAUGGGGUAUGUCUGAAAAAAAUUUGCUACAAGCGCGCUUUGCUACGGAAAAGCACCCGGGAUUCUUUCCCGCUGCAAUAACAUUCCACGUCCACUGCCGUAUAAUAGGCAGUGCAAUAGCCCUAUUACUGCACGGCGGUAACAGUAUAGCAAUGUUUUUUGCCAUGAGAGGCGACAUACUUAAAGACCCAGACAUAGCCAACCUGCAAGCCACUCAAUAUAGGUAUCUUACUAUAUGGAAUGUGGCUUUCCAAAUAGCGUAUUCAAUAAUGAAUCUAGCGUGUGACAUACCGCUAUUCUUGAAAGUUAAGGAAGAGUCGUCGCCCAUAUUAUGCUACUUAGAGUAUGUAAGAAAAUAUAGAAAAGUUGUUUUUGGAGGCGUCAUCUUUCCAACUGGCGUGGCAAUUUUCACCGUAUUUUGGCCAAUUUUCAUCUACAACAGAGAGCUUAUCUUCCCUAAGUUCAUAGACAAAGCUAUCAGCCCUGUAUCCAACCAGAUCAUGCACUCAGCAAUCUUCUUCAUCGUGAUGUGGGAGUUACUUUUCCAUCCAAGAGCCAAACCAAGUUCCCACAAGUUAUACUUAGGUCAUAUGGCUGUUAUAUUCUUCUCCUACUUUAUUGUAUUAUUCGCUAACUACGCCGAGCGUGGUACAUGGCCGUACCCACUGUUCACUAUCGUGUAUGGCACCAUAUAUUUCCCCCUAUUAUUAGCAGCUCUAUGUAUUAUAUACGUAUCUGCAUACUUUAUACAAUGGCCUCUAACUUCCUUAGUAUAUAAUAAUAUUACCUGUAAAAAAACUGAAAAAAUAAGAUGA